AUGGUCUCGCUGGCUCUGUGCGGACGACAGAAGGUCGUCCAGCGCAAGAUGGUGCUUCUAGGAGAUGGUGCCUGUGGAAAGACAUCAGCGCUGAACGUCUUCACGAGGGGUUUCUUCCCAACUGUCUACGAACCUACUGUUUUCGAGAACUAUGUACACGAUAUCUUCGUCGACAACGUACACAUGGAAUUAUCUCUGUGGGAUACGGCAGGUCAGGAAGAAUUCGACCGGUUACGCGCCCUUUCCUACGAAGACACGCACGUCAUAAUGCUUUGUUUCAGCAUUGAUAACAAAGAUUCGUUCGAGAACGUGUCGUCAAAAUGGAUGGCCGAGAUCCAAGAAAACUGCCCCGGAGUGAAGAUUGUCCUGACUGCGCUCAAGUGUGAUCUGCGAAAGGACGAAGAGCAGAAUGAGAACCCGAACGCGAUAAGCUUCGAGGAGGGACUGAGCAAGGCAAAGGAGAUUGGCGCUGUCAAGUAUCUCGAGUGCUCUGCCGUUCAAAACCGGGGGAUUCGAGAGAGCUUCUACGAAGCGGCCAAGGUUGCGCUCGAGGUCAAGGCUUCGGGAUCGAAAGGAGGCGGCUCGCAAUGCAUUAUUCAGUAA